GAAGCGAGAAAGAUAGUGGGCGCUGUGAUCCAGAAGAUCACCUACUGUGAAUGGCUGCCUGUUAUUCUGGGACCUGAGCUAAUGGAUAAAUACAAGCUUGGCUGUGCUAGGAGGAGCAAGUACAACCCAUAUGUCGACCCAAGGAUUUCAAACAGUUUCUCUGCAGCUGCCUUCCGAUUUGGUCACACUUUGGUACCCGAUGCUCUCAACAUUGAUGAGAAACCAGAAUUCCUGAAGGACACAUUCCUUAUCCCAGAUUCAAGUUUUAAUAAAUUCGAAAAAAUCGUGAAAACUUUGUUGGUUGACGGGGAUGAAUACACAUUCGAUUGGUUCUUUAGUGACUCAAUCUCCAAACAUUUGUUUGAGCCAAGGACCGGUGCUAAAGGUGCCCUUGAUCUGCUCUCAGUGAACAUCCAGCGAGGCAGAGAUCAUGGCGUUCCAGCAUACUACUAUUGGAGGCAGUUCUGUGGUCUUAGACGUUUUACAAGAUUUGAAGACUUUGGUGAGAUGGGUCAACAAAUGAAGCAACUUUACAGACACAUCAUGGACGUUGAUCUCUUUGUUGGUGGAGUCAUGGAACCCCGCGUCUAUGGCGGCGUCAUUGGUGAAACUAUGGGCUGUAUCGUCGCCAGGCAAUUUUCAGAACUCAAGUUUGGAGACGCUCAUUUUUUCUUGAGCAAAGAAUAUCCUCAAGGAUUCACAGACUCUCAAGUCGAGGCCAUCAAAAAAGUGGAAUUAAAUUCACUGCUCUGUUUAAUCGGUAAUGCCGGAGAGGUGCAAGCCAAUCCAUAUUACUUGAAGUCUGAAACUAAUCCAAUGACACCUUGCUCGUAUUACCAAGACAUAGAUUUGACCCCUUGGACUAAUGCAUACUAAGUUAUUCACUUGUUAUGUAUUUUAAUAACUGAAAUGGCGAAAUUUUAAAACAUUUUAUGGAGAAACGCGACAUCAAGUUUUUGAAGGUCCAUGAAAAACGUCAUCCAUUUUUACACUUAAGACAAAGCAGAGCAGCACAAAUUAACUAGGUUCAAAUAGCAAAAUGUAAUUAUCUUUUUUUUUAUUCAGUUGAUGAAAUUUUUCUGCUCAGUUUUUUCCUAAGCAAACGCUAUGGAAAUAUGUAUCAAGAGACAUUGUUAUUUUAUUUAGCAGGAACGCCAUUGACGUGUAACUGGUUGUGGCGAGUUAAAUAGUUUUUUCUUAUUGGUUUAGGUCCAUCGAAAAUUAAACGGUUUUCACAUUUAUCUUUUUAUGUCUCAACUUUAAAAAUAUAUAUAUUCUUUAUUGCUGAUUAAUUUUCUUUUAAUAAAGUUGAAACGCUUGUA